CAAGACCUGGAGAUAUUAAUCUGUUGCCUCUGCCUGGCUUUACUUUUCUUCAGCUCUUACUCUCUCUAUCUCCUCAUUCUCUCUCGUUAUCAUCACCCAUAAAACUAGCGUCCGUUCCAGCCUUCAGCGGUUCGACAGGACCCUAUCGUCAGCGCAUACGCGUACCCUCGACGGUUGAACGUUCUAUCAGUGCUUGACUCCCAACGGCCAUCUUUGCAAAUUGAUGGACAUAACCCCGGUGUUGUCGCUACUAUGGACUGUGAUUGAAUCGAUCCUCGAGGUGUUCAUCCUCUGUGUCGCAGGAUGGACACUCGCACGAAUAGGCGUCGUUGACCGGGUGACGCAAAAGAAGAUGAACAGAAUAAACGUCUCCCUGUUCACGCCUUGCCUUCUCUUCGCGAAAGUCGCCUUCUACCUCACGCCCGCUAAACUCCGCGAGUUGUGGAUCAUCCCCCUCAUGUUCGUCGUCGUCACGUUCGUCUCUGCGGCAUGGGGCUGGGCACUCUCAAAACUGUUUGGGUUGAAGAGGAGUCAGAGAAGCUUCGCUAUGGCUGCUAGUAUGUUUAUGAACAGCAACUCGCUACCUAUUGCCUUGAUGCAGAGUCUGGUUAUCACUGUGCCUGGUCUGAAGUGGGGGGCAGACGAUACGGAAGAGGGCAUGCUUGGUCGUGCACUCACAUAUCUCGUGGUGUACAGUACGCUGGGCAUGAUGCUUCGAUGGUCCUACGGCGUAAGCCUCCUCAGUCAAGCAGACGAAGAGGUCGAUGCCAAUGGCGAGCUGCAUAUCGAAGCCGGUGCGACGGAACGUGACCCGCUCCUUCUCUCUCGGGACGAGUUCGCCUUUCCCGCUCCUCCACCUAGCGAGCACAUGCACCACCCCGUUCAUCCAACAAUCGACAGCGAUGCAGCAGCGGCACAACCAUGGUCGAGUGAGGUCGAGACUGUCACCGUCACCUCUCCCGGGGGCACACUCACGCGAACAUUCGCAAACACGCCUCACCCCAACAUCAAAUACCGCCAUUUCGCAGACUACUCCUCCACCGCCUCCUCGCCCUCCCAGCACCCCGUCCUCGUCACCCCUAACGACGCAGACGUCGACCUGCCGGAAGAGGAGUGGCGCGACCCUCGCACGCUCACCACUCCCACGGCCUCCCGCUGGCACUCCUUUGCCCGGAAGAGCCAUAAUGCCAUCAAGACGCUGAACGAGUUCAUGACCGUGCCCAUGUGGGCAUCUAUCGCCUCCCUCGUAGUGGCGUGUAUCCAGCCUCUGCAACAUUUCCUGGACGAACACGCACGGCCGAUCAAGGGCUCUCUGGUCAAUGCAGGCAAUUGCUCGAUCCCGAUGACGCUUGUCGUACUCGGGGCGUACUUCUACACUCCUCCAAUCAAAGAGGAGCCAAGAGAGAUAGAAACCGGCCUCCCCACGCCAGCAGAUAGCGAACGCACGUACGCCUCCAGCUCGGGGCAAACGAUGUUAAGCGGAGUACUACACACUUUCCGACUAGGCAAAAAGGGCAGUCAGAAAUGGCACGAAAGAAGAGAACAGGACCCGGCCAGAAAGGGCGAGCUCACGACCGUCGCUGUAGCUAUCGUCAGCCGGAUGAUACUCACUCCUGCCGUGCUCUUGCCGUUCUUCGUCCUCUUCGCAAAACUAGGGGCUCAAUCCGUGUUCGAAGACCCAGUGUUCCUCGUCUCCUCAGUCCUGCUCAUCUCCUCCCCUCCAGCGCUCACGCUAGCCCAAAUCACACAAGCAGCAUCGGGCGACGCAUUCGAGCGCCUGAUCAGCAAGACUAUCUUCUGGUCUUACUGCGUUUUCACUCCCCCGCUGACGAUCGUGUACGUCAUGCUGGGCAUGGUGUUGACCACUAUCUGA